AUGUAUCUAUUACAGAAUAUUAAGAUCUAUCAGAAAGUAUUAAGAUCUAUCAGUGUAUUAAAAUCAAUCAGAAAGAAACACUUGAAGGUGGCUGCUGCUGGAGCGUCGCUGUACCGUCCGGCGCGCCCGGUCCUGUUCCUAGUACUCCUCCUGGUCGGCCGAUCACCACGAACUUUGUCUUUCUUCGCUCUCGCACGCAGAUACCAAGGUACCAGGUGCGGACGCCCGGCAGCAACCUACCUAACUGCUGUCUCUUUAGUCCCCUGCUGUCUUAGACGUGCGUGCAUUUCAUGUAACAACUUCUGCUUCCUCCUGUUGCCAGCUUCCUUGCUUUCUUACGAAGAAGACAGACUCUGCCGAAUCGUGACUCUCCUGCACGCAAAUCAAUUCCGCGACAUAAAUGGUUGUAUUCAUGUUCACUUUUCACCUCUCUCUCUUUCGACCUCUCUGUCUUUCCACCUUUCUCUUUCCAGCUCUCUGUUUUUUCACCUUUCUUUCUUUCCACCUCUCUUUCUUUCCACCUUUCUCUUUCCAUCUCUCUGUCUUUUCACCUUUUCUUUUUUUCUUUCCCCUCUGUUUCUUUUCCACCUUUUCUUUCCAACUUCUCUGUUUCUUUCGAUCUCUCUGUCUUCCCACCUCUCUCUCUCUUUCCACCUCUCUCUUCCCAUCUCUCUGUCUUUCCACCUUUCUCUUUCCAUCCCUCUGUCUUUUCACCUCUUUCUUUCUGACCCAAUCUUUUCACUUCUCUCUUUCCACCGUUUUCUUUCGAUCUCUCUGUCUUCCCACCUCUCUCUCUCUUUCCACCUCUCUCUUCCCAUCUCUCUCCUCUUCUUUUCACCUUCUUUCUUUGACGAAUCUGUCUUUCCACCUUUCUCUUUCCAUCUCUCUGUCUUUUCACCUCUCUUUCUUUCCACCUUUCUCUUUCCAACUCUCUUUCUUUCCAUCUCCCUGUCUUCCCACCUCUCUCUUUUUCCAUCUCUGUGUCUUUCCACCUUUCUCUUUCCAUCCCUCUGUCUUUUCACCUCUUUCUUUCUGACCCAAUCUUUUCACGUCUCUCUUUCCACCGUUUUCUUUCGAUCUCUCUGUCUUCCCACCUCUCUCUCUCUUUCCACCUCUCUCUUCCCAUCUCUCUGUCUUUCCACCUUUCUCUUUCCGCCCCUCUUUUUCCACCUUUCUCUUUCCAUCUCUCUUUCUUUUCACAUUUCUCUUUCCAUCUGUCCUUUCAUCUCUUUCUUUCCACCCCUCUCUUUUCAUCUCUCUGUCUUCCAACCUCUCUCUCUCUCUCCGCCUUUCCACCUCUAUCUUUCUGUCUUUUCACCUCUUUCUUUCCACCUUUCUCUUUCCAUCUCUCUGUCUUUUCACCUUUCCCUUUCAACCUCUCUUUCUUUCCACCUUUUACUUUCCACCUCUCUCUUUCCAUUUCUCUGUCUUUCCACCUUUCUCUUUCACCUCUCUCUUCCCAUCUCUCCUUCUUUUUCAUCUCUGUCUUUCCACCCUUUUUUUUUCAACCUUUCUCUUUCCACCUUCUCUUUCCAGUCUCCCUUUCCACCGUUUUUUUCAUCUCUUUCUUUCCAUCCCUCUCUUUUCACUUCACUUUUUCCACCUUUUUCUUUCCAUCUCUCUGUCUUCCCAACUCUCUCUCUCUCUCUCUCUCUCUUUCCCUCUUUUCUUCCCACCUCUCUCUUUCCAUUCUCUGUCUUCCCCUUUCUCCCUCUCUUUCCGUCCCUCUGUCUGUCCAUCUUUCUCUUUCCAUCUAUCUGUCUUUUCACCUCUUUCUUUCUACCUCUCUUUUUUCACCUCUUUGUCUUUCUACCUUUCUCUUUCCACCUCUUUCUUUUCACUUCUCUCUACCACCUCUCUCUCUCCAUCUCUGUCUUUCCACCUUUCUCUCUCUCUCUUUCCACCUUUCUCUUUCCACCUCUCUCUUUUCACUUCUCUCUUCCCCCUCUCUCUCUCUCUCUUUCCACCUCUCCCUUCCCCCUCUCUCUCUUUUUCCACCUCUCUGUGAUUGCAUGUUGCUUUACAUCAUUGGGAGCGAGUGACAACGAAUUGAAUUCAGAUUGCCUGGAAUCGUUGUUACGGUAA